AAAAGAAAGUGUUGAAACCAAAGGAGUUAAGCUUCUUCAACUUUCUCCACUAAAAUUCAUUCCAUUGUCGUUACCUUUUUGUUUCUCCGACUGUUACCUGUAAAGAAGAGAGUUAAAGAGAGAUCCAUUGCAAAAAAACUCAACUUUUUAUCUCUCUGCUUCUUCUAAUUAAGUAAUCUCAACUACCCUUUAUUGCAAAACCUCUCGAUCUAUUGGUUUGGUACUGAAGAAACCGACUUGAGUCUGAUUCGUUUCGUUUGGUUCAGUCAUGGAAGCUAUAAGAAAGCAAGCGGCUAAGCUCAGAGAGCAAGUCGCCAGGCAACAACAAGCGGUUUUGAAGCAUUUAGGGCAUGUUAAUGCUGAUGCUGUUGUUGUUGAUGAAGAAGAGCUUCAUUGUCAUCAGAAACUUCAAGAUCUUUAUAGCUCUACUAAGGCUGCUAAGCGUUUGCAAAGGAAUAUUGUUCGUGGACUCGAAGGUUUCAUUGCGAUAGGCACGAAGGUUGUAGAGAUAGGGUUGAAGUUUGCUGAAGAUUUUAAGAAAUAUGGAGAUGAGAAUCCUGAUGCUAAUACUCCUCUCUCAAGAGUUUCACAUCACUUUGGGACCUCUUACAAGUCGGUGGAAGGCGAGAGGGAAACUCUCCUCGGGGUUCUUAGUGAGCAGGUUUGUGAACCAAUUCGUACAAUGAUAUAUAGUGCGCCUUUGGAGGAUGCUCGGCACUUAGUGAAUCACUAUGACAGGCUGAGACAAGAAGUUGAAGCUCAGGCCACUGAUGUACUGAGGAGAAGAUCAAAGUUGAAGGAAUCUGAUAUUUCUGAAGAAGCCUACAUAAAACUUAAGAAUUCCGAAUCGAGAUUAGCUGAGCUCAAAUCAAGUAUGAAAACUCUUGGCAAAGAAGCUACUAAGGCCAUGUUGGAAGUCAACGAUCAGCAGCAGAACGUAACUUCUCAGCGCCUCCGUGCUCUGGUUGAAGCUGAAAGAUCAUAUCAUCGUAAUGCCCUUGAGAUCCUCGACAAGCUACAUUCUGAGAUGAUUGCCGAGGAAGAAGCUAUAGGAUCAUCACCAAAGUCACCAACUUUACAUUUAGAGGAUAGUGCUUCUCUUCCCCAAGAAGAACCGAAUUCAAAUCCCUCGGGAGAGAUCAAAUCAAAUCCCUCGGGAAAGAUCAAAUCAAGUCGUCGAGAAGAAAUCAAGUCUAAUCCCCAAGAAGUAACCAAACCCACUCCCAAGGACGAAAUGAAGUCCAGUCCCCAAGAAGAAACCAAAUCCAAUCACCAGAAAGAAAUCAAGCCUAGUCCACAGGAAGAGAUCAAGAAGUCCAAUGGAUCUGAUGAUCAUCACAACCAUCACCUUCUCAGUCAAAAUGAUUCCUACUUUCUUGCAAAGGUUGUGCACCCGUUUGAUGCUCAAGCCCCAGGGGAACUAAGUCUCGCUGUCGAUGAUUAUGUAAUUGUGAGACAGGUUGCUGGGACAGGCUGGUCAGAAGGAGAAUACAAGGGCAAAGCCGGAUGGUUUCCGUCUGCUUACGUUGAGAAACAAGAGAAAGCUCCAGCGAGCAAGAUUGUGGAAUCAAACCCCAAACAACAAUGAUCCCUUUCUUUAACAAAUACAUUACAAAAAGUAUGUGUAAGAUAUGAUUGUGUUUUUCUUCCUUCAUCGUAAGUAAGAUAUGUCUCCACGAGUAAAUAUGAUCUAUGUAAGAGAUAUGAUUUGUGUGUUUUCUUCCUUUUUCUUAUGUAGCAUCAUGAGUCUAACUCUUGAGAAUCCUGUUUUAUCUUUUGGUUGAUAAGUCCUCUACUUCUUCUGUAAUUUACUCUGAUAUGAUAAUGAUCCUUCUUGUUUCA